AUGACCGCGCACAGUAGGAGUAGUAGUGCUGAUCAGAACAGGGAUCUUACUACUAGUCACCGAGUCACUAUGACAGCUUCAAACUUGCAAUCUGAACCAUGCAGUGCAAUUUAUCCCUACGUUCUUCUCUCCACAUACCGUCUUCUCGUGUGCCAGGUUUGUGGGUUCGCCUCUGUAGCCGAUGAGGUUGCUACGCAUUUGAGAACACGACAUCGCGAUAUACAGCCAGAGCGUCGACAGGAGCUGGUAGAGAAGAUAAAACAGAUCCCGAAUAUUCUCCACAGUCGGGACGACCUACGUCACUAUUUACGGUACCCAACGAAUACGAUUGAACCCAUUCCGUAUCUUGCGCCACCGAAGCCAGACGGGUUGAAAUGUCGUGCUUGCGGCCAUAUUGUUCGUCGCGUCCAAAAGAUACAAAACCAUUGCGCUGAAAAGCAUCAAUGGAUAAACCCACGAGGCAGGGGAAGACCAGCACCGAAUUGCCCCGUAUCCGCUUACGAGCUACCAUGGGAGGAACAUGUCGCGUGCCAACGAUUUUUCCCUAGCAGGGCCGGCAGCAUAUGGUUCCAAGUAAAUGCCCAGACACAGCUACCAACCGAUGUGCGUAAGAGAAUGCGUACAAAUCCGUUCCAAUCGCGAGUGGGGCAACGAGAACUCGACCAGGCCUCAUGCUCUCAUCUGAGUGAAGUGAUAGAACGUGAACGGACUUACUGGGAAACAGUGAACCAGCCACGUUUGAGUAGUAAAGAUAUUGACAGUGGCUCCUUUGCGACUACAAGCAUCUGGAUGGAGAGAACACGGUGGCAAGAUAUAUACAAAGGCGCGAGGCGCGAUAUCUUGCGAGCAUCAACUCGACUACCUGACCGGCGCGCCUUGGCAAUUGACUGCUUCUUAGGACAGGGAAACCAAGAAUCUGAUCCAGAUAUCUCUGGUGGCGGAGAAGAGUACCGAAAAGAAGUACCGGAAUGUCCAGAAACGGCUGUUGGCUUUUGCUUUUCGAACGCAUAUGAUGACAGCCAGGGUCAGGAAAGAUUGUUACCAGGAGGUUGUGAAAUCGGCGAAGUCACGGACGAGGCUUCUGUUCGCUCUGAGUAUCAGCCGCUGCAGGAAGAAAGUAUUCCAGUCAAUGCAUCACAAUCUAAAGAUUUUGACAGUGAGCAAGGUGAGGAAGAAGCCUAUAGUGAUGACGAAGACGAAGAUACCGAUUCGGUGUUCGGUUACGACGAGGUCGACUGUGAAAACUCAGAGUUCGCAGACAACCAAGCCGAAGCCAAUGGAAGGCCCCAUGCCAAUUAUCCAAUGAUGCGAGAUGAGCCCAACAUGGCCAUGUUCAUUGAGUUUCUCGAACUUUUAUACCAGUUGUGUCUCACCAUCAGCACUGAGCAUUUCAGCGAAGGUCGACCGAGCUCUACACUACUUGUGUUCUUCAGUGGAAUCCUUGGUUUCUCCAAAGACUGUUCGCAGUUUUUACUCGCGAGGCAGUUUUGUCCAUACCUAUCUGGUCUCAUUUACAUUCAACGUCUGAUACUGUUGGAACGCGCGUUGCCGUUACGAGAGUAUCGCGCUAUUGGGGAUCCCACGACGCCCAUAUGUGAACCAACUGGAUCAGUUGAAUUCAGUUCGAGAGAAGUACAUGAUAGCAGGCACAGAACAUCCACUUACCGAAAUGACCAGUCUCAGAGAUUUUGGCCGCAAUAUCGCCCGUACCGAGCCACCAUCCCUCUUAUUCAGCUGGAGUGA